AUGGAGCGUUCCAUCAGUCUGCGAAUCCCCAAACACAAAACUCCCCACUUCAUCCGCGGAGGAAGCGUCGGCUCAAACCUGAGCCCCAGAUCCAGCCCAGGAACUUCAUGGUCUUCAUUAACUAGCUCUUCAGGCCUCGGAAGAAGUCCAAGUCUAAGCCAAAGUCCCAGCGGUUCCUUCAGUUCCAUGAAUUCCAGCUUGUCCAGUCCAGGUCUAGGUCGAACCAGAAAGCUGAGUGAUCUUCCUCUGAUACCAGAUGCAUCAGUCGCCGUCAAUGACCAGACUUGCAAGGAAGACAGCUCACCAGCAGAGCAAUGCUUCAAUUUCUUCACCUUCAGCAUUUUUUGGCCCCCGGCUCUAGGCUAUCAGUACCUGUCCAAGAACAAGCCGGUAAAUGAUAACAUAAACCGGCUAAAGUGGUCGAUCCACGGAUUGUGGCCCAGUUCUUACACCGGAGCUGUUCCCGAAAAUUGCAAGAAGCGGAAAUCUGUCUCUUUCAACCAGCACCGAUUCCAGCGAGAAAAAGGACUCAGGACCAGUUUGGAGAACAAGUGGUUCAAUAUUUGUUCUUAUAAGCAGCACGGCUGUUCUAUGACCAAUUUCUGGGACCGCGAGUUCUCUAAACAUGGCACCUGUGCUUCGCGCUCUAGUCUCAUUUCUUCCGAUCUUGGGUACUUCAAAAUGGCGGUUAAUAUGAUGGACAGAGUCAACGUGGCGGGGAUUUUUAUAAACAGCGGAUUCAAAGUUGGAGAUAAAUUGACUUAUGGAGAAAUUGUUGAUAUUGUCAAUGAUACCAUUGGAAUUAGGGCUAGAGUUGAAGUUUUUGAAAAUAAGGCUAAAAAUGAGAAUUACUUGAAGGAAAUUCGAGUUUGUUACAAUUUGCAACUUCAUCCGAUCAAUUGUCCGGAAACUAAGCUUCUUACUCAAGAAAUACGAAACAGAGAAAUAAUUUAUCUGGACCAUGUGCCAAAACUAGAUUAA